CACUAUUGCCGAAGAGUACUACUUAGCGUCUCACUGAGUACUGAACGAGUCGCUCGUCACGACUCACGAAUCACGAAUCACGAAUCACGAAUCACGAAUCACCAGUCACAAUUCACGGUCCUAGUAAGGUUGUUUUCCGAGAAUCAGUCGACGAGUUUUUGAACACUAAUUCCUGAAGCCGUGUUGCUGGAAACGCGCUAGUACGAACGCGGCAGUCCAUUUAAUUUCGCCGUCACGUAUCAGCUUUCUCGUCCCUCAACUCCCUGUUGCCGUCUUGACUUCUCUUCACCCGCCGCUCGCCGCUAUGAUGACGCCUCGCCUUCCUUGUCGGCUUCCAGCCGCAGCGGUGCUCCUUCUAACGAUGAUGCCGCUUCUAACCCCCCCGCCGACCUUUCCUUUCCUUGCGCUAAGCACCCUCACGCACAGCCCGCCGUGUUUCUCGCCGAAAAACCCGCCGUUGUUCGCGCGCGCCGACACCGGCCCAAACGCGACCCUGAAGGCCGGAGCGCGCUGCUUAGGAUACACGCUGUGGGACCGUGACCAAGGCGCGUCGAAUAAUCCUGGUCCGUUCUGCGGCCCGGGGCUGCACUGCGUGUUCUUUAACGGCGUCCAAGCUAAGAAGCGGCGGAGCGCGAAUGGCAUCGGACGAUGCGUGCCCGAGGGUCGCACUUGCCCUGAAAACGUCACGAGCACCAAGUGCGUGACGGACUGCAUGGGGACGGACUAUGCGCAGGGGCCCAACUGCGACUCCACCAUAGAGAAAUGGGUGUGCUACGCUGACGUCUGCGACCAGUGCUGGCGCAAGAUGUUCUACAGCGACUACCACUGGCCGAUACAGGAGGCCAGAAUGUGCGAGCGAACGCAGGGCCCACCCUACCCCUGCCUCUCUGCCACCCAGCUCAACGCCUCCUGCCCUACUUGCCUCUCCUACAAGCUGCCCACUCGAACAUGCUUUGUUCCUGAUUCGUAUUGUUCCAAGCGCAAUUGUGCCAAGUCCUACUGCCUCAAGGUGUACAGGAAAGGGUGGAUAAUUUGUGGCAAAUGUGCUGCAGGUUAUAAGAAGGUUAAUGGCGGACGAUGUGUGCCCAAAUAGGUUGUAGGCAUCAUAGUAGUUCACGCUUUUUGCUGUAUAUAGUGGUGGCUGUUAUGGUAACGUAUAGAUAUAAGCCUGGGCUACUGUAGCUACACAUGUUGCUGAUUUUUGGAUCUAGGUUUCCCAGUGCCCGAAAAGUUUUGUCCAC